AUGAUCAUAUUUCAUGUUUAUGAUUACAGGUGCCAUGAAUUUGCUAUUAUAGAGAAUCUGGAUCUGCUCCUCCAGGUGACUGAGCUCCGCGCACGGUCAGUCCAGCAGGUCGACUUCUGCACUCAGAUGGGGUCUGCACUGUGCACGUUACUGUGGGGGGUCUCUAACAGAGAGGAGACGGUGAAGACCAUCCUGGGAAUGGAUAGGACCACAGAGUUCUUCAGUUUGGCUGCUCAGACCGUCAGCAGUUUGGUGGAGUCGCUCUCCGUUAGUCAGGAGGAGGACAUGGAGGAAAGUAGCUUUGUCCUGGGUCUGGCCGGUACCAUCACAAAUGUGGCUGCCGUGUCUUGUGGACGGGAUUUCCUGAUGUCUUCCUGCAGAGAACUUCUGGAAAAGUGGAUGGAGCUCCUGGGAAAGAUCAGAGUGGGGAACUGCCCUCAGCUCCGAGUCCUCAUCCUGAUGACUCUGUACAACGUCUCCAUCCAUCGUGAAGGCCUCGUGUGGAUGAGUCAGUAUGGCGGACUCAUGCCUCAGCUUCAGCAGCUCCUGACCGAUCCUGACAGUGACGUCUGUCUGCAUGCUCUGCGUCUCCUCCAGUCCUUGGUUCUAGAGCCGGAUGUUCUGCACAUGUUAUGGGGAGAACUCCAGCCGUGCCUGCCCCUCAUCACACAGCUCUCCCAUACUGCCAACUCAGAGCUGAAGACGAUGGCCGCUGAGGUCCUGGAAGAGCUGAGGGGCCCAAUGGCUGAGGCUUAGUCUGUCUGGGAUGUCAUCUUCUCCAGCAGUGAUGUCACCCACAUGUCAUAUCCUCGGCUGUGAUGUCACAUGUCAUAUACUCGGCUGUGAUGUCACAUGUCAUAUCCUCGGCUGUGAUGUCAGAUGUCAGAUCCUCGGCUGUGAUGUCACAUGUCAGAUCCCCAGUUGGGACAUUUUUCCUGGGUGAUGUCUGUUUUGUUUGGAUAUUAAAUUUCCUGGGUUGUCUCGAUUUGUGUAGCGGU